CCAGUAUCUUGGAUAGUUGCACCUUUCCAGUGUUGACAAGAGUGGAACUGCAGGGAUACAGUAUCCCCUGGAAUGCGCCUUUCCUCCGAUUGGACCUGACCACCCUUGUGCUCAACCACAGCUCACACGAAGGUCCUCCCAUUGGAGACGUUCUCGAUCUCCUCUUCUAUAUGCCCAGCCUUCAGUCAUUUGAGCUGAUCAGCGAGGCUUGUGGCAUCUGUUGCUCGAGGCCUUCAUCACAGGGCGUGUUGCAGUCGGUAGCGUUACCCCGUUUGCAGAAGCUGCAUUUGCGACUGGAUGUGGACUCAGUCUACGCCUAUCUGUUGCAUUGCACUUUCCCUGCAUCCGCUAUCGUGACUCUCAACGUAGAGGUGAAGCACGACCAUGCACUCCCUGAUAAACCCAAUGUCAUUCGUUCCGUCAUUACUCAAUCGUGCGAUAUGUUAGGUAACGAGCCAAUCACAGGUCUGGCUAUCCAUUUCCAGUCAAUCCAUGCCACUCCCGAUUCCCCUCGACCAUCUCGGAUGUAUGUCAAAACGUACAAUGAUGAACCAUCAUCCAUUGAUGCCAUGGAAUCUCCGCCAAACUUCACCAUAUACUUUUCUCACCGGCAGAACAAUCAUGGUGAACUAUUGCAGAAACUCCUCCUUCACCUUCGUCUUUCCGAAGUCAAGUACCUUCGAAUAGACACCUCGCCCUCGUGCAGGGUUGUACCAGGGGACUUGGCGAAAUUCCUGGCAAGCCUUAUUUCUUAUUCCUCUACAGGUCUCGACACGCUGAGCAUGUCCGGGCUAUGCAUCGACAUCUUACCUUCUCUGCUCUCCUUACCCCUUCAUCACUGGCCACUCACUCCCGGCGGACGUGAGAUGGGGUUGUUUGGAUGCUUGAAAACGUUGGUGUUGAGCGACAUAGGGCACAGCAUGCGUUGGCGCGAGUCGAACCCACAAAUUGCAGACCUUUGCGAAGCAAUCCGCUCGCAAACCAAGAUCUAUAGAUCGUCUUGUGGCCCGUUCUCUAGACUUGUCUUGCAGUCCUGUCGCGAAGAGCGAGACUCACUGCUCGGUCUGGUUGACGCAAUAGCUGAGUUGUUCUACCAGGAGGGUCGAUUCACUCAGGAUCUUGCGCUUAUUCCGUACAAGCGCGUCCCGCGCUUCUCCCAUCUCACUCGACCGGUGAUCGACUAUCCAAAUAGCGACUUAGAUUUCGGACAAUGGAACUCACUGCAGCCAGUUGCUUUACCAACUGAGGGUGAUUGGGUGGAACAUGUACGCAUGUCUGGUCGUGUCGCCUUUGAUUUUCGUGGAAAUGAAGGAGUGACCAUUGAAGAACGCAUAUAUUCCCAUUUCAGGCUGAUACGCCAUGUCCAUUUCGUUAUUGGGUUGUGAAGUUUGACCAGUCUUCCAUUAUUAUGUUACUGUAGCACAUGUGAGGUCGAAAUC